AUCUAGACAUAGAAACCAUGUUAAAAGACCUGUGCUCAGGGGCCUUUUUCCGAGCUGUCCUAGCCGAAUUUUUAGGCACACUUUUAUUUGUAUUCUUCGGCCUUGGAAGCGCAUUAUCAUGGCCCUCCGCACUUCCCAGUAUCCUGCAAAUCUCCCUAGCCUUUGGUUUAGCUAUAGCGACCCUUGUUCAGGUAAUAGGGCAUGUAAGCGGAGCUCACCUGAAUCCUGCAGUGACGCUGGCCUUCAUGGUCGGAUCACAGAUCUCCAUUCUGAAAUGUGUCUUCUAUAUCUUGGCUCAGAUGUUCGGAGCUGUGGCUGGAGCCGGGUUACUCUAUGAGUUUACCCCAGCCAACGUGAGAGGGAACCUUGCCAUCAACUCGAUCAAUGAGGACACCACGGCUGGACAGGCUGUGGCAGUGGAGCUCUUCCUCACCAUGCAGCUGGUCCUGUGUGUACUCGCCACAACAGACAGCAGAAGAACUGACAACAUCGGAUCACCAGCUUUGUCCAUUGGUCUUUCAGUUACUUUAGGACAUCUACUUGGGAUCUAUUUCACUGGCUGCUCAAUGAAUCCAGCAAGGUCUUUUGGUCCUGCUUUGAUAAUGGGAUUGUACAAUUAUCAUUGGGUCUUCUGGGUGGGCCCCAUGUCUGGUGCAAUCUUCGGGUCUUUGAUCUACAACUACUUACUGUUCCCAACUAUGAAGAAUCCUUUAAGCAGAUUGUCCAUCCUGCGAGUAGGCUACGACCCAGAACAUGAACAAGAGCGAGAGGAACACCGCAAGCAUUCUGUGGAACUGAGUUCUUUUCACAACAGCUUGGAUAAAGCAUAAGAUCACAAGGGAAGGAUGUGGUAUUUUGAUGAACACAAUGGACAAAGGAUUCAAGGUGUCUAUCUUUAGUCCAUGCAGCCAUUUUGUGAGCUGAAUAUGUGCAACAACUAAGUAUAUUAAACUACUAAGAAUAUUCAUUUUUUUUACAAUUUUUACAAAUUUAAAACAGUUUUUUUAUAUGAUAUAUCAGAGAUGUGGUCCCACCUCAGGGACUUGUACUUACCUCGAGGACAGGGGUCCCUCAUUUCGUGGUUGCUUUUGCCACGCAGGCACCGCUCUCUUCAUUGAUUUCUACGUCAGUCAGCCUAUGUGACCGUUUUCAGAGCUACCGUAGAAUUAAAUGGAGAGAACUACUCAUGUGUGACUACCUCUUCAUUUAUAGUGGCCAAAGAAACAGGAAUUCAGGAGAUAAUGAUUCAGGAGAUAGAAGCAGGUCCCAGAGGUGAGAGCUAAAUCUAUCAGACCUUUAUGGCAUAUCCUGUGGUUAAGCCCUAAAUGUAUACGUUGGGAAAGCCCAUCUUAGCCCACAACAGUGUAAUACCUAUGUGUAAACCUUGCAUGCUAUUCCUUAUGCUUUUAUACUACUUCCACCAAAGGAACAGUAAUGACAGGAGCAGUGAAUGUGAUAUAUAUGCAUAUUCAGGUUGAGUAUUUUCAGUGUAUAAUGUAUAAAUAGUAUAAGUAAUGUACAGUUUUUAAUAUAGGAUUUUUUAUUACUAAACUGAAGUUAUAAGGAAUGCUUCUGCUCAUAAACCUUAUCAGACUCCCCACAUGAAGGUAUAUAUGUACUAUUAUUAUUAUUAUUAUUAUUAUUAGGUUUUGGACAACUAUAAUACAGCAGCAUUUUAAAGAGGAGCUGUAACCUCUCCUAACAUGUCUGUUUUAGAAACGACUUACUUCCCCCAUGUGAUAACAAUUCUGGAGCACUGGAGCAUCUAUUCUUAUGACUCUAUGAUAUGC